UGCACAUCGCUGAGGUUCCAAGUCAUACGUAUCUGUAGUAAGACAAAUUCACCGACCAUUUAUGUACAAGAAAACCGCGGGACAAAACAGUGGACAUAGACAAUAAACAGUGCAGUCAUAAAGUUUGUUGUCUAACGUGAUUGAUGCCGAGAUGCAAGGGACAGUUGAAAACAUUCGUGGCUUCGCCGAUGGGUAUUUUUUGCUGGUAUGGCAGAACAGGUUGUACCUGUACACCGCUGCAGCUGUUCUCAUAGGACUGUGGUUAACUUUGAGCAUGGCUUUUAAAAAGAAAAAACUAGUCAGUGUUGUUCCAUGGCUCUACAAAACCACAAAAAAGAACGAAUAUCCUCCUGAAAAAGAGAAGGUUGUUCAUGUCGCAGGUGUUAAAAUUUUCUUUGGAUCUCAGACUGGUACAGCAAAGGGGUUUGCAAAGGAGCUAGCUGAAGAUGUCAGAAGUCUUGGUUUCCAGUCUGAGAUAAUUGACAUGAAAGAUUAUGACCCAGAUGACAGAUUGUCAGAAGAGUGCACAAAUAAAAUGGUGUGUGUGUUCCUCAUGGCCACAUACACUGAUGGACAACCCACUGAAAAUGCUGAGUGGUUUUGUAAAUGGCUUGAGGAGGCUUCCACAGACUUUCGAUAUGGUAAAACCUACCUCAAAGGGCUAAGAUACGCCGUCUUUGGCCUUGGAAACUCUGUGUAUGUCGGCCACUACAACACGGUGAGCAAAAAUGUGGACAAGUGGCUAUGGAUGCUUAGCGGAUCUCGUAUCAUGACACGGGGAGAGGGCGACUGCAACGUGGUGAAGAGCCGUAAUGGAAGCAUACAGGCCGACUUCCAGGCCUGGAAAGCCAAGUUCCUGAGUCGUCUACAAGCUCUGGCUAAAGGGGAGAAGAAGGCAUGUAGUGGCAAAUGCAAAAAUGGCUCCUGUAAGAACAAAAAGAAGCACAAAGAAGAAGCAGAUGAUAACCACUCACAGCCAGAGAAGAAUAGCUCAGAGGCAGAGCUGAUAGAGUCCAGCAGUGAGGAGGAGUCUGCUGCAGAGGAGGACACAGGCCAUGGUUCUGUCAUUGAUAUGGAGGAUCUGGGAAAUGUGAUGAACAGCAUGAAGAAAGCUAAGAGAAAGAUGGAAGGUGAAGAAGAGGAGUCUCACAGGGUUAGAGUGUCCAAACUGAACGGUGUGAAGAAGACUGAGAUGGAAGAAGAGAGGAGAGAGAUGAUCACUCCUGCUCUAAGGGAAGCGCUCACUAAGCAAGGGUACAAACUGAUAGGAAGUCACUCAGGGGUGAAAUUGUGUCGUUGGACUAAGUCAAUGCUUCGAGGAAGAGGUGGAUGCUACAAGCACACCUUUUAUGGCAUUGAAUCUCACCGUUGUAUGGAGACCACCCCAAGCCUUGCCUGUGCUAAUAAGUGUGUCUUUUGCUGGAGACACCAUACCAACCCGGUGGGCACAGAGUGGCGUUGGAAGAUGGAUCCGGCUGAGAAAAUCCUACAGGAGGCAGUGGAGAACCACCAGAGCAUGAUCAGACAGUUCAGAGGGGUUCCUGGCGUCCGGCCGGAGCGGUUUGAGGAAGGACUGAUUGUAAAACACUGUGCCCUGUCUCUGGUGGGAGAGCCCAUUAUGUACCCUGAGAUCAACUCCUUCCUGAAGCUUCUGCACCAAAAGCACAUCUCCAGUUUCCUGGUUACAAACGCCCAGUUCCCUGAGGAGAUUAGGAAUCUGGUUCCUGUGACACAGCUCUAUGUCAGUGUGGAUGCUAGCACCAAGGACAGCCUGAAACGAAUUGACCGUCCACUUUUCAAGGACUUCUGGCAGCGUUUCCUGGACAGUCUCAGAGCUCUUGGAGAAAAGCAACAGCGCACAGUGUACAGACUGACUCUGGUGAAGGCCUGGAACGUGGAUGAACUGAAGGCCUACGCCGAGCUUAUUGCUCUUGGACAGCCGGACUUCAUUGAAGUGAAGGGAGUGACAUACUGUGGCGAAAGCUCUGCCAGCAACUUGACCAUGGCUAACGUGCCCUGGCACGAGGAGGUCAUCUACUUCGUGCAGCAGCUGGCCGACCUGCUCCCGGAGUACGAAAUCGCCUGCGAGCACGAGCACUCGAACUGCCUGUUAUUAGCUCACUACAAGUUCAAAGUGGACGGCGAGUGGUGGACAUGGAUCGACUACCCCCGUUUUCAGGAGCUCAUUCAAGAAUAUGAAGAGAGUGGGGGCACCAAGACUUUCUCUGCUCAGGACUACAUGGCCAAGACCCCCAGCUGGGCUGUUUUUGGCGCCAAAGAGAGAGGCUUCGACCCUUUAGACACUCGCUGGCAGAGGAAGAAUAAGACCAAAGAUAUCUCAGGAUGCUGAUGCUGGUUUUACUGGCAGUUAUCAAUCCACUGGAAGGUGAU